CAGGACGCAGUGAAACGUUACGGUCGGCCAACACAUUUUCCUCUGACACACCCGGAAGUGGUUUGCUUGUCUCCCUCUGUGUGGAUGCUGGAUCAGGACUGCUGUAACCUCUCCAUUUGGUUGGAUAAAGUCAGCGCAAGCCUCUGAGAACACCAUCUCCCCUGGUGUGAGUGUUGGUAAGGUGUAUGCAUGUGUGUCUGGUUUGAGUGUGAUUGAGGAGAUGUACUGCAUGUACCAGGAUCGGAAGGAGUUGGAGGAUGAUCUCUAUCUGGAGGAUGAAGGGGACUCUGAGGGGUCAGAGGCCAACAGCGAGCUGGAGUUCCGCCUCUACAGCCAGCUCCACUACUCUUCUAAUGCCGGGGUGGUGGAAGAGACAGGAGAGGAGGCUGAGGAAAUGGACAGCGAGCGGCUGGUAGAGCCUGAGAAGACUGUAGAUGUGGACGGAGAACAGGAAAAAACAGGAAAAAGUAGGCCGCCGUCACCUGAUUUGCCCAAGAAGUUCAAGAAGAAGUGCAAGACACCUGAUAAACAGCAAAAAGGUCAAAUUAACCCUAACGUUCCGAGGUCAUCAACAUCAUUUUUGGAGGAGGUCAUCGUCAUUGACUCCGGUCCUGAUGUCAUCUCCAUCUCUGAGGGUGACACUGCUGAUGAUGAUGAAGGCGUAUGCGCCUUAAAGGGACAAAGCUUAAACCGCCUUCAGACUUCAACCCCAGCCCAACAGGGAACCCAGAAAAGAAGUUUGGGUGCCCCGGUGACGGUGGUCUCCAGCAACUCAGAGUCUGAUUCAAGCGAGUGUGAAUCAAAUUCUGAGUCCGAGUCAUCUGAUGAUCUUGAGAACUGGAUGAUCCUGGGUCCAGGGAACCAGGAUGGAGACAAGAACAUCUCACUAAACCUGGAGGGAGAGUCGAACAGCAGUGCAGAUGCUGAAGAGGAUGCCAGCUGGUUGGUUUCUGCAAAGGAUAGGGAGGCUGGGAUCUUUAACAAAGACAAGGGGGCGAGGCUAACGGGACAGCGGUUGCCAAACCGAUAUUACACUAACAAGAGCGUCCAGUGUAGAAACUGCGACAAGUACGGACAUCUCUCCAAGAACUGCCCAGAGCCCAAAAAGUUGGUGCCCUGCUUUCUUUGUGGCACCCCAGGCCACCUGUCGAGUGAAUGUCCCAACAAGCACUGCAACAACUGUGGCAUGCCCGGGCACCUGUACAACUCCUGCAUCGAGAGAGCAUACUGGCACCAGCACUGCGAGCGCUGCUACAUGACAGGCCACUUAACAAAUGCUUGUCCAGAGAUCUGGAGACAGUAUCACAUCACAACUGAGACACACACUCUUGUGAAGCCGAACAGAAAAGACCGGGGUCGGACCCCUGCCUACUGCUACAAUUGCUCCAGGAGAGGACACUUUGGCCAUGUGUGUACACGAAAAAGGAUGUUCAACGGAACGUAUCCCAGCACACCGUUUAUCAACUACUACGACACCAGGAAGGAUAUAAAAAGUAGACAAAGCUGGAUAAUAUCGAAAGCUAAAGAUCUGGAAAAAAAUGGCCUUUUACCUACCAGUUCUCAGACCCCUUUCACUCCAGGACCGCCAAAGAAGAGACAGAAAUUCAGCCAUUACAAAAGCAACCACCAGCCCAACCAUACACCUCGCCAAAGCCCUAGCAACCACAAACCAGGCCAUAUCUUUUUCAAUGACGGUGACUUUCAGGCUCCAGCACCCAAAGCGAAAUGGAACAAUAGGCCCAAACAACAGGAAGGCACUGGCACUGAGAAACCAUGGAAACCCAAGAGACCUGUUCCUACUUCAAAAAGCCGUCUCCCACCUAAAAAGAUAAUUUUGAAUGAAACAGAUGACUUUCCCAGAGGAGGAGGCAAAAGAGAAGAUGCAGAGAAGAAGAGGAAGCGGUUGGGGAAGAGAACAAAUGUUCCUGAAAAACCACAUAAAGGCCGCCCUCAUUGGGUUAAACCUGAAGAGAUGCAGGGGUCAGCCUCAAAGAAAGAGAAAGGCAAAAGGAGCAAGAGGGGACGAGCCCGUAAGAACGCUAACAAAAAGGAUGCUUCACAGAUGUACCCUACUGAUGAGAACCUGUUUAGCAUCAAACAGAGGAAACGCCACAGAUAGCACCAGUUUGUGUGAGGGCAGUGAUCUUCAUGACCAGUUCAGCAUAUGUGUUAGGGACAUUUCAGGAAUCUCAGGCAUUUUGUUUGACUGCCAGUGCUGCUGUAUAGGGUUCAUAGGCCUGUUUAAUAGAAGACCUUUUCAAAUGUCAUAGUAAGGAGAGCACAGGUAUAAUCUGCUUUAAUUUUCAUGUCCUGGUACUGUGCAUGCUGACACACUUUCACAGUUGGGACUAAAAAAACAGUCUCAGUCACAUUUUAACAGGUUGUUCUCUCUUUAGUCUUUCCUCAUGUUUCUACUGGUCCCAUACUGAGAUCCCCUCUUAAAUUCAGGGGCCUUUGAAGGUUACAAUGCCCAUUUAUAUAAAUAUAAACAGCUAAAAUAUGGGUUUGACAUAUUUGAAAAAACAAGUUUAGAUCUUUUUUCAUUUUGCAUUGAUGAUAUUCAGUCUUUGACCUUUGAAUUGAUACAUUGAUUGGUUUGGAAAGGUAUUUGCAGUAUGAUCAUGACAAGCAAAGCUUUCCUUAAAAUUUCCAACUGUGUUUUUCCUACUUUGACAAGGCAAAAUGUCAGAUGUAAAAAAUGUAUUUUCGGUUUGAUUUUGGAAUGGCUUUUUCACAAUUUGUCUUUGUGAUUAGUGUGAAUUAAACUUAACAUAAAAAGGAAAUAAGUGCUUGGUAGAUUAUUUCUUUGAUGUAACAAUGCUUCUUGGCAAUAAAUCUUAUACCGUUGGAAAGCCUGUUUUCUUACCUUUCAAAUGGUGCCACAUUAGUGAGGAACAUGCAUUUGUGGGAAGAGGAGCAGCAGAGCUGACUGGGUUGCACUAUGAAAAAUGUGACAAAUCUCCUCUACCAAUGUCAAACUGCAGCCUAUAUCCACUCUCAUACGGCCACCAGGAGGCCUGCCUUGACUGUCCUUCACUGUCAGGCACACUUGCACUGGAACCUCAACAUGUGGAGGACCAUUAUGUACGGAACUUGGAUUACAGGGUCACAGUGUGGAGAAGACGCGGAGAACGCUUUGCUGAUUGCUGCUCCGAUAGAGUAGGAGUGGAGAGGAGCGAAUGACCUGCCUGCAGUCCUGACCUUGACCCCAUUGGACACUUGUGGGAUCAGCUUGGCGGGCUGUCCGUGCCAGAGUGACCAACACAUCCACAUUGGCUGACUUGGGGCAAAUGCUGGUUGAAAAAUGGGAUGCCAUCCCACAGCAGUGUGUGAACAGCAUGAGGAGCAGAUGCUUUUGUGGCUGUGUAUGGUUCUUCCACACGGUACUCUGCUGCUUGUUGAAUUUAUAAAUUGUUAAUAAAUAAAUUGUUGCUUGUUUCAUCAGACUUCAAUCAUCUAAUCCACCAAAGAACACCAAAAGAGUCGACAGCAAAAAAAAGCUGUUUGGCAUUGGCAGGGAAGAUUUGUCACAUUUUUCAUGGGCGUAACCCACAUACUCUCUGCUGCUCCUCCCACAAAUACAUGUUCCUCACAAAUGUGGGACUAUUUGAAAGGUAAGAAAACAAGCUUUCCAACGGUGUAGGAUUUAUUGCCAAGAAGCAUUGUUACAACAAAGAAAUAAGCUACCAAAUACAAUUUUCCUUACUUAAGUCGUAACCUUUAUCAUACCCGUGCCCUCAUUUUCACAACUAAGUAAUUGUUUUAAAGUAUCAGGAGACUGACAAAUAAGAAACCAGGUAAGAAUUCAUGAGAUCUUACCUUUAGUGCUAUAUUUCAGUCAUUGCAUUGCAGAUCAGCCAUGGAGGACGCCCUCGAUGUUUGAAUCUCACCCCUUGAAAGCACAAGAAUAUAACCAGAUGCACUCUUUCUGAUAUGCGGCCAUGCGGUUGGCAUGUGUACAGUAGACUGGUAGAAAGAUAAUAAUUCUCCCAACUAAAGUUAUUUGGAUUGUCUUGGCUAACUGGGUCAUGAUUCCUGAUUUCUGAAACAGACAUUGCUGUUAGUUUUUUUUUAAAACUUUUGCUGUUUUGAGCACCACAAACCAAUUGCCAUCUAGUAAGAAUAUAUUUAAGAAAAAGGCAGAGAUCUCUACAAUCUAGAUUGAUUUAUAGCACUACACUUUGUAUUUGUAGGGGAACUGUCCAUUUUGGGCAACAACUGUCUUCUAACAAAACAAACAUUCAGUUGCAUUAACCAGUGACGUGCGGUGAAGUUCAUGGCUGGUGAGGCACUGACGUCAUCACAAUCAGAUUUGAACCUUAGAGCAUCUUAUUAAAUGUUCAUCUUAUGAAAAUUGUUUUAGUUUGGAUAUGCAAUCCUCCAUUCUAAAAGUAGGGUCAGGCGAGACGAAAAAAUAAGCAAACGACUGCACUUGACUUAACUGUAAAUUUUAGCUCGCUGGCACUUAUUCUGCAGCGCACGAAGAAUCACUGGACUCACUAGCACCUACUGCCAUGAGGCAGGAGAACUGCGUGCCUCACCUAGUCUCUCUUCGCAGCGGUUUUGCUCAGCACAAGAGACACGUUACAGACAUACAGUUGACAAAAAACACUGUAUAUUAUAUACACCAGCUAAAGUAUGGAAAUUAGUUAAUAUAGCCAGAGUGUUUGAACAUUUUAAUAGCGACAUACAGACAGACAGCAGUUACAGUCUCACUGUAUAGCAUGUCAGCAGGUUGGUGCCUCACCGAGCAGCCGUUCUCAGUGUUUGAACGUGAAUAUGAAAAUUCAGCGAUUUUGGAUCAAAAUAAUGUAAAACUGGUGAAAUUAAAAGGAAAAUAACUUUAUAAUACAAACAACUGGAUAAAUAUGAUCAUUAAAUUUAUUUCUUCAUUUUACUUUUCAUGAUGACCGUGCCUCACCUGCCUCCCCUCACCGCACGUCACUGGCAUUAACGUAUCAAUUAUCAUUAGAUUGCUUAAUAAAUGAUGGUUAACAUUGAUGUCCUUGCUAUCUUAUUCUCCAAUUGCUUUGUUUACAGUUGUUUCUGCAUAUUACAUAUUGAAUGAAUAACAGACUCUGCUCUUAGAAGGGAAGUGGGAUCAUCUCAUAGUGCCUCAGCUCUGAACACAGUCUUUAAGUUGGUUCCACUGUGUGCAACAUGAAGUAAAGAAUGGGGAGGUUUAUUUUAAAUACUCUUUGAAAUGGUACAUUUUUUUAUUUAGAACUGAAUCACUAAGACGCCUUUUUUCUAUAACACAUUAAGUUGGUGAUAUAAAAUAUGUGAACAUACUGUAAAUGCCUAAAGAAAACGUGUUUAAUGCCAAUCGGCAGAUAGUUGUCAUACAUUGCUGUCCUUACAGUAUUAACUUUUCCCCACUUUUGAAAUUCAGAUCUUAUGACAUAUUGAACUUAAUAACAUAACACGAACAAGGCUGCCUGAUGUUUUGUGGACUGAUACAACUUGAAUCUGCUCUGACAUGAUUUCUGUGUUACAGAAGGAGAAGUCAUGUACACCUUUAUUUAAGACCUUGUCACACUGGUUUAUUCAGUAACUGUCUAAUAAUUGUUCACAAUUCUUUUCUUAUGUAACUUAUGUUGAUUAUACAGUAAAAAUCAUUUGGUUCCAAUCCCUAAA